GAGCUGAGCUGGGAUGGAGGGUGGAGUUACAGUGACAGUUCGAGUAAAGAUGGCAGCAGAGAGGGAGCCGCCUCCGCUUGGGGAUGGAAGACAGGGAGACUUUGAGGAGCUGGAGGACGGUGAAGACCUAUUUGCUAGCACAGUGUCCACCAUGGAGUCAAGCCCCUCAUCUCCUGAGCCAGCGAGUCUUCCUGCAGAAGACAUCAGUACAAAUUCUAAUGGGCCAAAGCCUGCAGAAGUUAUUCUAACGGAUGACCGGGAGGAUCUAUUUGCUGAAGCCACAGACGAAGUGUCCCUUGAUAGUCCUGAAAGAGACCUCAUCUUGUCAUCAGAACCUAGUCCUGCCAUCACUCCUGUAACACCCACAUCAAUUAUAACUCCUCGAAUGGAAGCAAUCAGUAUUUCCGCUCCCGUCAUUUAUGACCGAUCAAGAGAUGAGAUAGAAGAGGAAGCAAAUGGAGACUUUUUCGAUAUUGAAAUAGGUGUUUCCGACCCAGAAAAAGUUGGAGAUGGAAUGAACGCUUACAUGGCAUACAAAGUAACAACUAAGACCUCUGUGUCCAUGUUCAACAAGAAUGAAUUCUCUGUCAGAAGAAGAUUUAGCGAUUUUCUUGGACUUCACAGUAAACUAGCUGCAAAAUACAUGCAUAUUGGUUAUAUUGUGCCUCCUGCUCCUGAGAAAAGUAUUGUAGGUAUGACUAAAGUUAAAGUGGGGAAAGAAGAUUCAUCAUCAAACGAGUUUGUUGAGAAAAGGAGGGCUUCAUUAGAAAGAUAUCUCCAACGUACAGUAAAGCAUCCAACAUUAUUACAAGAUCCGGAUGUAAGACAAUUCUUGGAAAGCUCUGAGCUGCCGAGAGCGGUUAGCACCCAGGCUUUGAGUGGGGCAGGAUUAUUGAGGAUGGUGAACAAGGCUGCAGAUGCCGUCAACAAAAUGACAAUCAAGAUGAAUGAAUCGGAUGCUUGGUUUGAAGAAAAGCAGCAGCAAUUUGAGAAUCUAGAUCAGCAACUUAGGAAGCUGCAUACCAAUGUUGAAGCCUUGGUCUGCCACCGCAAAGAACUUUCAGCCAACACUGCUGCAUUUGCGAAAAGUGCUGCUAUGCUAGGCAAUUCUGAGGAUCACACAGCCCUGUCUCGAGCGCUCUCUCAGCUAGCAGAGGUAGAAGAAAAAAUUGAUCAGCUGCAUCAGGAGCAGGCCUUUGCUGACUUUUAUUUGUUUACCGAACUUCUAAGUGACUACAUCCGGCUUAUCGCGGCUGUAAAAGGUGUUUUUGACCAUCGUAUGAAGUGUUGGCAAAAAUGGCAAGAUGCACAGAUUAAUUUGCAGAAGAAACGUGAAGCAGAAGCCAAGAUUCAGAUCUCAAACAAACCUGACAAACUUCAACAGGCUAAAGAUGAAAUCCGAGAGUGGGAAGCAAAAGUUCAACAAGGAGAGCGAGACUUUGAACAGAUUUCUAAAACCAUACGCAAAGAAGUAGGAAGAUUUGAGAAAGACCGAGUGAAAGACUUUAAAACCGUUAUUAUCAAGUACUUAGAAUCAUUAGUACAAACACAACAACAGCUCAUAAAAUACUGGGAAGCUUUUCUACCCGAAGCCAAAGCCAUAGCCUAGAAUGAAGAUUUCACAUUCAGCUCAUCAAUUGAUGUUCACCCCAUUCCACAACAAAAUCAUGUCUGAAAUCAAAGAAAUAUCAAAAUAAACCACACUAUAUUUUAUUAACAUGUGGCUUCUUUUUAUAUACUGUUGCAUUUUAAUAAGUGCUGCAUGUCCUGACCCAUUUAAAUGGACUGUGGCAUGAUAUUCUGCAAUAUUUUGCUGAACUGAACACUAAUGUGUCUUAAUAUUUUGCAUUUAACAAGUGCAGAUGAAGGCAAGGAAGUUUUACUUUUUAAGAGUAUUUUUCCUUGUAAAUCAAUUCUGUUGAAUGAUAUUUACCUUUUCUUUAUGAAGCAAAUUAUUGUUGCAUUUAUAAAUGUUCACUUAACACAUUCCUGUACAGAUAUUAUGAUUUUGUGAUUAUUAUAAUAAAGGUAUAUAUACCUUGUGAAAA